UAUAAAUGGAAGCUUCUUUCUGGGUCUAUAUAGUCCUGGUUGCAGUCAUUGCAGUCCUCACUCUCCUCAUGGAGCUCAGAUACAUGAGGAAAAAAGCCCCAAUUUUGGUAUAUUUUACUGUGUACAUCGGCUGGCUGCUUGGCUUUAUCAUUGUAGCCACAUUGCCAUUCGAUAUAUACACCUCUUCUAAUUACGACAAGGUGAACCCUACUGAGGAGAUGACGUUCAUCAGAAAUUUUAUGAAAUGGAACUGGAAAAUCCUGUAUGCUCUUACAUCAUCACUGACAUGGAUAAUCUUCCCAAUCCAGAUGGUCUAUGUGGUCAGAGGAGAGUUUUCAAGGUUAAAAAGAAUUCUUAAAACUCUUUUAGCCAACCUGAUUAGUUACUGUAUCUUCAUUGCUCUCGGCAUUGGACUCUUGCUAGCCAUCUACUUCUUGGUGAACAAUCACAAGGCAAAGAAGGACAGAGUGGGCAUCUUUGACGUGGUCUAUGUCCUAACCACAGUUUAUGGCCUUUUCCUCAUUGUAUUCCUGAUGUCAUACGGGAUGGUGGCCUUACCAAAAUCUCUCUGGCAAAGGAGUGAUUAUCAAGAUCAGAUUAAAAAGAAGUUGUGAAAAGUGAGUGUUAUCGAGGAAAAGCUCAAUGAUCUAAGGAUUGACCUCACCAAUAACAUCUCUGCAUUGGAGAAUCUUAAUGCUGGAGCUGACAUGCAGCCUUACUUGUCGAUCAUUAAGAAUGAAAUUCAAGAUUUUAAAGAAAGAAAUCCAAAAUUUGAGGAAGAAUGAAACUCUUUCGGACACCUAACAGAUGGUGGUGAUGGCUGUACAGGCAGCGACAUUGAUGUCCAUGAUGUUACUCUUUCCAAACUAGAAGGAUAUAGAUCUAAAUACAAAAUAGAGUUUGGAGACUACGAACGAAUUCAUGCUAUGCUUGAGUUCAACAUUAGACAAGUAAUGGUUCUCCAAUCUUAUAUUAACGCGAAGGAGUCCCCUAAUCUUAGAAGGACGGGGCUUAAAGGAUGUAGAAAGAUGAAAUAUUUCUAUUACAUCCAUGCUCAUCCAAUCCUGCUAAAGGUAUUCUGUGUUAUUUGUGCUAUUUUCUCAGUUGUAUUGCUUUACACAGAGUUGACAAAUUUCAUUAAAAUAGAUAUCUCUACGUUCAGUUGGAUAGUAAAUGGUCAUUUUAAUUUCACAGCAACAUUUAUUCUUCUUUUCGUCCCAUUAUCGUACAUGCUUGCAUGCACAUAUUUCGGAUUCUUCAGUGUGAAGUUGGCAAGUUGGUACGAGCUGUAUAAAAACCAUUCAGAUCCGGUAUCGAUGAUCUGGAGUGGAACGAUGCUAGCAAGGAUGAUCUACCCAAUGAGCUACAACUUCAUCACCCUUGUGCGUGCGAAAAACACAGCUUACAGCGAGGUGCUGACCAUUUUAGAAGACUUCACCAUUCUUGGAAGAGGCAUGAAUCAAUACUUCUUCCCAGUGGUGCUGGUGGUAUUCUUUUUGAUGAACCUGUUCAAUAUUUGGAGUAAGUUGUUCAAUUGUCUUGGCCUCAAUCAGUUCUCCUUCGACAAACUCGAAGCAGAAUCUAGAAUACAGGAAGGAAGAAUCUCAGUUGAUCAGAGAAGGAAAGAACUGUACGAGAUGGGAGAGAUCGACGAUGUCUUCCUUAGGAGCUCUAUGUCUAGUGACAGCGAGCCAGAGAAUGGCAUGAUCGGCCAGAAAUACUCAAUUAAUAGCGGAGUUCCAGGUGCUAUCUCCCCGAUGAAGAAAAGAGACAAAGGCAAUGACUCUAAGAAAGGUAAAGUUCUGGCAGUCAGCGACUCAGAUGACGGCAGUCAAACAGAUGAAGAGAUAGGCAAGAAGGUGAUCAAUUUCAACGGCAAGGUCAAGUUCAAAUCUGUAGAUUAAU